AGAGAAUGAGAUCUUUGUUUUUCACUGUCCAUGCUUAUAAUGAAUCGGGGAUCCUUUCUCCACUAGCAGCCACCAUGGCCCAGCUCUUGUCCUCAUCUAAUCACAUUUUCAGUUCUUUGGCUAAAUGAAUCUUACAAAUAAUACCCCUUGAAAGAGUUCAGAAAAUGAACAGAUCAGCAAUAUGUAUGCCAUCUUUAUUUUCACGCAUAAAAGAGUAACAUAACAAUUGGAGAAUUUUGUUCCCCUCUAAUAAAGCAUUGGCUUUUUCUUUCUUUUGUGUGCCUACCUUAUUAAUAUGCCAUUGCUGAAAAAAGCCUGUGAAGAAAAUGCAUUGCUUUCCAAAGUCAUUUCAGUCUCCUUUGAGAGAGUAUCUGCCUCAGGAACAAUGUGAGGAUUCAAAUAAAUGAGGAACUUGAAUGGAGAAAAUAAAAUGUCCUCAGUAGCUCAGCUGUAGGCUGUGCCUAGACAAAGCCACUGAGGGAAAAGUUGAGCAAAAAGCUUUCUUGGAGCCAAAGAAGUGAAAUGAACAAAAUAAUUUUCAUGACCUUUUUUUUUACGAAUUGAGACAUCUACUUAAAGCAAAUAUUUUACCCAUUUCUCUGAGAAAGUGGUAGUGCCUAGGGCAAUGACCUGUGAUGCUUAAGAUGCAAAGGCCUAAAACUUAAUAUAUGAAUUAGGGAUGCAUCUAGCUAUAAACAGCAGAAAAUAUGAAUAUGGUGGUCUAAAUAAAUAUUUUUCUUAUGUUAUGAGGAAUCAGAAGGCAGGCAGUUGCUCGCACUGGUUCAGCUGCUCAGUGACUCCAUCCAGGACCAAGCACUCUCCACCCUUUGUCCCACCAUCCUCAGUGCAUUGGCUUUCUUCCUCAUGCUUUCCCCUCACAGUCCCAAAAUGGCUGCUUCUGUCUUCCCCCGCCAUUGGAUCUAUAUUCAAGACAGGAAGAACAUGAAAGAGCCUCCCAGGGAGUAUGAUAAAACUUAAAGAGAUAUUUGAAACCCCUACAGAAAUCAGUCUGGUCCUAGAACUCGUCACAGGAGGAGAGCUGUUUGACAGGAUUGUGGAAAAAGGAUAUUAUAGUGAGCGAGAUGCUGCAGAUGCUGUUAAACAAAUCCUGGAGGCAGUCGCUUACCUACAUGAAAAUGGGAUUGUCCAUCGUGAUCUUAAACCAGAGAAUCUUCUCUAUGCAACUCCAGCCCCAGAUGCACCACUCAAAAUUGCUGAUUUUGGACUCUCUAAAAUUGUGGAACAUCAAGUGCUCAUGAAGACAGUAUGUGGAACCCCAGGGUACUGCGCUCCUGAAAUUCUCAGAGGCUGUGCCUAUGGACCUGAGGUGGACAUGUGGUCUGUAGGAAUAAUCACCUAUAUCUUACUUUGUGGAUUUGAACCAUUUUAUGAUGAAAGAGGAGAUCAGUUCAUGUUCAGGAGAAUUCUGAAUUGUGAAUAUUACUUUAUCUCCCCGUGGUGGGAUGAAGUAUCUCUAAAUGCCAAGGAUUUGGUCAGAAAAUUAAUUGUUUUGGAUCCUAAGAAACGGCUGACUACCUUUCAAGCUCUCCAACACCCGUGGGUCACAGGAAAAGCAGCCAAUUUUGUACACAUGGAUACUGCACAAAAGAAGCUCCAAGAAUUUAAUGCCCGGCGCAAGCUUAAGGCAGCAGUGAAGGCGGUGGUGGCCUCUUCCCGACUGGGAAGUGCCAGCAGUCACAGCAGCAUCCAGGAGAGCCAGAAAGCCAGCCGAGACCCAUCCCCAGUCCAAGAUGGCAACCAGGACAUCAAAGCUAUUGCAGAGGAAGAGAACGUUCCAGGAGAUGGGGCCCAAGUGUCAUUUGAGGGGGCAGAGGCUGAGCUGAUGAAGGAGCAGGCCUUAGGGGAAAUUAAAGAUGUAGAUAUAAAUGCUGCUGAGGCCACCAAGAUGGCACCAGAAGCACUGGAUGAUGGGAUAAAGGUGGCUGAGCCGGAAAUAGAAGAGGGCCUAACAGAGGAAAAGCUGAAGACGGUGGAGGAAGCAGCAGACCUUAAAGAAGCGCAGGAAAACCCUGAUCUGGAACUUGGAGCUCAACAGUAUGAUGUAAACCUGCCAGAGUACUAAACGGUUUCCUUCAGAUCUGGAAGCCAAACCCUGGCAUUUUAUGCACUUUGUCCUUCAGCAAGGAAGAUGUGGAAGCAUGAUAUUCACUAUAGUGAUUCUGUUUUUGAGGUGCAAAAAAAAUACAUAUAUAUCAGUUGGUAAUCCUAGCUUCAAUGCAUGUGACUGCUUUAUGAAAAUACUAGUGUCUUCUAUGGCAUGUAAUGGAUAACUAAUACUGAUGAGUUAGAUUUGAAAUUGCAAGUAAACACAUCACCACUUUUAAACACUGAGACAUUUUCUGAGACCCAGUGGCACACAUUUGAAGUAAAUAAUAACCAAUUGUUUUUGCUUUGCAAAUCUAGCCAUCCUAUAUCCUCUGGAUUUCUUCACAAGGCAGUAAUUCUUUCGGACUACUGCUCAGCUAAUACCAGGUAGUAUUACAUCCUACAAGAUGUGUUCCCAUAACAUUCUCAACGUUUUACUUUUCGUCAUUAUUGUAUUCAAACCAUUCACAAGGAGAUGAUUAUAGGUUAUAGUCAUACAGUACAGCAAAAAACAUUCCACUCAUAGGUAAGAAAUUGAACCGUUUUUAAGGGCUGUGAAACUGUAUGACCCUAAAGCUUGUGUGGAGAAUGCCUUAUUAGUUUAUCUUUAUUUAUAUGUGCUAUAUUAAUAACAGAGCCCUGGUGGCAAAGUAAGUGCUACAGUUGCUCACCAAAAGGUCGGCAGUUCGAAACCACCAGAGCUGCUCCUUGGAAACUCUAUGGAGCAGUUCUACUCUGUCCUAUAGGGCCGCUGUGAGUCGGAAUUGACUCAACAGCAACAGGUUUCGGUUUUUUUUAUAUUAAUGGUAACCAAAACUGUUCUUCCAUAAAAUUCUGCCAUUUUACAAUGUUGGAGAAAGUAUUUACAAACUCAUGUUGAGGAACGCAUUCUUCUCUUCACCUCUCUCUAAUCUUCUGAUGAAAAAAACCUAGGUAGAGGGAAAGACACUGAGGGAAGAAAAAGAAGAUUGGGACUUAGACUAAGGACUGAGACUUGUCAUUUCUUAGAAACAAUUGUAUUUAUUCAUGAGCUUUUACAACUUUACAAAUAGGAACAUUUUUAUGGAUAAAUUCUAUAAUGAGCAAGUUUCAAAUAUUUUUAAAAAAAUCUAUUCCACAGGCUGGUGCAAAAAUGGCUGAAUAGAGUGGGAAUAACAUUCCAUUUUACGAUCAUUGUUGACUUUGCUAGAAUAAGAACUACAUUGUUUCUUAUAAGAGCCUUUUCUUCCUUGGAUUGAUGGUUAUCUAGAUAUACCACAUAUGAACUAAAGAUAUUUCUGAAAAGCUAGUGUAUCUUUUUUUCAUACUUGGACUAGAAGUGCCCAUAUUUUACAAUGUAGUUUUGAAAGUUUCCAUGUCAAAAGAUUUAGAACAAUGCAACUUCUUAUUCAUCUUUAAAAAAUAAAAACAAACAAACAACAAAAUCACUGAUUUCAAAUGACUCCUGAGAAGCUGGAACAUUAGACCUAAUAUUUUUAUAAUAUUUUUGAGAAGAAAUCUAACUUCUCUUUGAUUUAAAUAGCAACAACUUUCCCUUACAAAAAUCACACCAAUUCAAGUAUCCUAGAGUUGUUUCUAGUUUGAGUUGAAAUGGACAUUUUAUCAAAUUUAUUAUGUAUCACGUUUUUUAUAAAUUUCCUUAAUUUAAAAAAAAAAAGAUUGUUUUUAAAGAC